UCUUAUUAUUUAAGUAAAGGUGAAUUAAUCAGAAAAAGAGCUGCACUGUGUUCGGGGAUCGUUUAAAUCGGGGACAAAUUCGCUAAUCUUAAGCCACCGCGGAGAUGAAUCCCCAAGGGACAACCUCGCGUAUACCCGGAACCCGCACGCGUGGCGCUAGUGUGGUGGAGCUUUGUACUGUUGUGGUCCGGUACGGUCAGGGUUCUGCCGCUAGUGAAGAACUGAUACGAAAACUUCAUAAAGGCAACAAAAGCACACUGCCCAGUUGACCUGUGAAUCCACAGAUAGAACAAACAUCAAGGUGAACUUUGUUCCGAGGAGCAACAAUGUCAAUGUCUGGGGGUACUUCACUGAACCACGGUCCAGUUAACAACAAUGAUCAGAAGCGAGUAGAGGCGGCACGCAGACGGGUGGUGUAUGUGAGCAGAGCGGAGUCAUUCAGUGCCUGCCAUAGAUUGCACAGUCCGUGUCUUAGCGAUGAUGUCAACAAGGUCUUGUUUGGAAAGUGCAAUAACCCUAAUGGCCACGGCCAUAACUACAGAGUUGAAAUCAUUCUCAAAGGCGAGGUUGACCCUGUCACAGGCAUGGUGAUGAACUUGACCGACUUGAAGCAAUAUAUGAAGAAAGCAAUCAUGGACCUCCUGGACCAUAAAAAUAUUGACAAGGAUGUGCCGUACUUUCAGGACAUCGUCAGCACGGCGGAGAACAUUGCCGUGUUCAUCUGGGAGCAAAUACGAAAGCAACUCCCCAACCCAGAUCUGCUCUACGAGGUGAAGCUCCAUGAAACAGGCAACAACGUUGUGUUCUACCGAGGUGACUGGUCCAAUUAGGAGGGACGCUGGUCAGUUGGGGGACCAGCUUGCAUGGAGUUGGUAUUAGCUUAAACAGCCGUUGCACAGAGAAGACGCUUGGUGGGUUACCAGUCAAACUGUCUUACAGUACACACAACCCAUUACUGGCUCCCUGCUUUUGUAGGUCCUUGCCACAGAAAAAUUUGCCACAAAGCAGACAAUCCGGGUGAUAUUGGCUCAGUGAAAUUGUGCUCAUCAAAACUGAGUGCACUGACUGAUAGGGAUACUUACCGACUUCACUGUUGAAUCAGUGUGCAGUUGAACAAGAGAUGUCCGAACAAGGGUUCUCAGGAAGCCAUACACUCUCUGACCGAAGCCUUUUCCCUUAUUUUGUUUUCCAUGCAGGAGGUUUGGAAGCCAUGUACCAGUUUACUUCUAUUCUGCAUACAUUCAGUUUAUUUCAUACAGAUACAUGUACAUUAUGGCUAUAUUCUGAUUAUUGUGGCUAAAAUCUCUGAAAUAUAUUUUACACAUAUAUGUAUAUAUUUGGAUUUAAAUGUAUUCUCCCUAUGCUCAAAGAUUUUCACAUAUGUGUGUUUACUUUAAAAAAUUGUUUUAUCUUUAGGUGCUGCUGUUUGGGGACAGGUCUCACGUGAAUUGUAAAGAAAUGUUUUCAAUUAAAAAAAACUUUUUGUGUGAAUGUUGGUCGCCGAUUACUAUGUACCAAGUGCCUAGUUACUUUGGCUGUGGAGAUCAAUGUCACUAGGUACCAAUUUUUGGAGGCUCCAAGCAAAUCUUCGCGCUUGAUGGCAUGCCUGCGCGAGGCCCAAGAUGUUUGUGACUGUUGGCCGGUUUUGUGGAAUCAGCCUAUUUCAGGUAACAGCUCAUGCCAGUGACAUUCAAGCAAACAAAUCCCCUUUAACCCAUAAAAUUAUUUGUUACUGCUCAAUAAUGCUUCAAAGCUUGAAACUAAUGAUGCUAUAUGUUGCGCAGAAUGUGUUGGCAGCCAUCUUUGGAAGGCCCUACCCCCCCCUUAAAACUGAGAGGCAGGGCCUCAUUUGUUUGUGCAUAGUCAUGAAUGAGCGCACUACAUGUAUCCAGUGCAGAGAUCAGUGGCAUCAUUGCCAUUAUUUGAAAGGCGUUAGUGCAUGGUUGGAAGUAGCUAUUUCAGAAGAACGUCAAGUUGAAAACUUGUUAGAAUGUGUGUUUUUUUUGCCAGCUAAAAUUUGAAGGUAAAACAUUUUGUUCGUUACUUUUCCAUUUCUUAGGAUGGUGACAAAGUAGAACUGUGUCGUGGGCUAAUGGAGCUGGUUUACAGCUUUACAGGGGUUGCAUGCGAUAUUCGUUUGGUUUUGGGCUUGUUCGUUGGUCUGCCUGCAGUAGUAGCCUGGCAAAUGGUGCAAUAUUAACUGUUACUGAAGGUCGGUUCAUACUUUGGGCAAACGCGAAUGUGAUGAAGCGACAUGGACGCCUGAAAACAUUUGCAGCGAGGUUCGCUCGAGUUUAAACGUGUUCAACUUGCACAAAGUCACAGCCUACCUAUUUGAUCUUACGUCACAAUUUAGCAUCCAUGUCCACUUUUGCCCCAAGUAUGAGCCAGCCUUUGAUGGUGGAAAGAGGUUUUAUAUCAGUAUUAUAAGUGCAUUAUAAAGAGACUAGAGUCAGACUGCUUUUGAUCCUACUGCUUCCUGUUUAUUAAUUUUGGGUCUCCAUAUUUCAGAUAUCUGUCUACUACUUACAGUAUGUACAUGUACAUCACUUACUGAGAAAGAAAUUUAUACAACAAAGAUGGCAUA